AUGAUACUCGACCAGUUCUUGACUUCGCUGAAUCCUGACAUCAGCACCUUCAUCAAAGAAUGCCGACCAUUGUCUCUUGCCCAAGCAGUGCAGCUAGAUGAUGACUGGGCAUCGGCACACUACACCAGCAAACCCUCCUUCAGGUCUUCUUCGCGUUCCUUCAAGCCUCCUCUCAAGGAAACACCACCUGUUCAAUCAUCGCCUUCACCGACCUCUUCCACUACCAGGUGUCAUGGAUGUGGUGAGUUAGGCCAUAUUAGACCCCGGUGCCCCAAGAACCCUCGGGCCUUCAAAGAGAGUCCUCCAUCUCAACCUUUCACAGUAGAAUUUUGCCUGUCUGAUCACAGUGUUCCUCAGCCCCUUGUUUCAGGAACCGUUAAUGGAUCAUGGACAUCUUCAAUCCUUAGGGAUACUGGCUGUUCCUGCAUUGUUGUCGCAGAAGUAGUUCUAACUGAUGUUGACAGCAACUGCCGUUCCUGUCAAGUUGCUGACUACCUGGGCCGUGUUGAUACCUUUCCUAUCGUCCAGUGUUACAUCAGCUGUCCUUACUUUGAAGGUUGGACUGACACUAUCCGAGCUCCCUUCAAGUUUGCCAGUGUCCUAAUAGGUAAUGUCCCUGGGGUUCAUACGCCAAAGGAACCAUAUCCUACCUUCAGUUACGAUGAACUAGUUUCAGUUCCAGGAUUCUCGUCUGCCUCAGCAGUAACACUUCCAGUUCAGAGUUUCCAGAAGCCUUCCUCUGCCUUUCAAGACUCUCUGCCUCCUGUUACUUCCUCCGUUUCCCAAGACUCUCUGCCUCCUGUUACUUCCUCCUUCUCCCAAGACUCUCUUCCUCCUGUUACCUCAUCUGUCUCCCAGAACUCUCUACCUCCUGUUACCUCAUCUGUCUCCCAAGACUCUCUGCCUCCUGUUACUUCCUCAGUUUGUGCUGUGGAGACUCGUGCCUCGACCACUAUGAUGAAGCGCCUCCACCACUUCAUCUCCCGGAUCUCCAGCCUCUGUCUGUCACUCCUGAGGAAUUUGGCCAUCUUCAGAAGACCUGUGAUACUCUGA